AUGGAUCCGAAUGCAUUUUUGAAGUCUAGGCAUAUAAAAUUCUUCGAAAGAUGUCUUCAGAUAUUACCUGAGAGAUAUUCUUCGUUAGAUAGUAACAGAAUGACAGUAGCCUUUUUUGCCUUAUCAGGACUUGAUAUGUUGAAUUCAUUGCAUGUUAUAGAGAAGCAUAAAAAGGAGAUAAUAGAUUGGAUCUAUUCAUUACAACUUCUCCCUACAGAUGAUGAUUCUAACCUGGGCCAGUGUGGAUUCAGAGGUUCCACAACAAAUGGGAAUGCAUUUGACACAGAAAAAGCAAGACUACAGCCAAUACAGCUUGACAGUGGUCACAUUGCUAUGACCUACACCGCCUUGGCAUCCCUACUCAUCCUUGGAGAUGACCUUUCAAAGGUCAACAAGAGAGCUUUAGCCGCAGGCUUAAGAUCAUUGCAACAGGAAGAUGGCAGCUUCUGUUGUGUACCAGAGGGCAGUGAGAAUGACAUGCGGUUUGUUUACUGUGCUGCCUGUACUUGUUACAUGAUCAGAGAUUGGAGUAGCAUAGACACAGAAAAAGCUGUUAACUUUAUCAAAAAUAGCCAAACCUAUGAAGGUGGGAUAGCUCAGGGACCAGGAUUGGAAGCUCAUGGAGGGUCAACAUUCUGUGGUUUAGCUGCACUGGUAUUGAUGGGUAGACUAGAAGAAACCUUUUCUGCUAAGGAGUUAAAACGACUACGUUGGUGGUGUAUAGCUCGACAACAAACUGGCUUCCAGGGCCGACCCAAUAAACCAGUGGACACCUGUUACUCCUUCUGGGUCGGUGCUAGUCUAAAGCUGCUGGAUAUAUUCAAAUUAAGUAAUGCUGAUUUUAACAGAGGGUUUCUAAUCUCCACUCAACAAGCCAUCACUGGGGGAUUUGCCAAGUGGCCUGACCAUACACCAGAUGCAUUACAUGCUUACUUUGGAGUGUGUGGGAUGUCUUUGUUAGGGGAGCCAGGAGUACAGAAAAUGCAUGCUGCAUUGAACCUCAGUAAAAAAACAGCACAGCAUCUACAUAAUGUACACAAGAUGUGGCAGUAAGAAUUAGCAGUGCAAUUAAGUUCUUUAUAGUAUCUGAAACCACAAAAUGUUACUCAAAUCAAUGUUCCUAGGGAUGCUUCAGAUCAAAAUUUUUUGAUCAGGUAUUCAUUUAAUAUGUAAAUUCAGGUAUUUUCUUUAUCUAUAUGUGUACAGUUGCUCAUUGUAUCAGAGAACUAAAAACUGAAAUCUUUGUCAAUGGAAGCCAUUGUCUUGAAAGUUCAGAUGUGAAGUUUAAUUAUUAUUCAGAGUAUGAUGUUAUAUGACUGAAGUCAAACAGCCUGACAAAUGUGAUGCUGGUUUGUUUAUAUAAAAGCUUUGAGGUAUGAAACUAUUGCAUCAAAACAGUCCAAAAGAUUUAUGCCUUGGAAACUGUGGUAAUAACUAGAUAUGGAAAUACAUACAAGCAUCUUCCUCUUUUUCAUGCUCCUGUCUUCAUCAAAAUUUAACUACUGUAUUUGUAUAUUACCACACAAGAUAUUCUUUUAUUCAUUUUAUAUAUACAGUAAAAUAUAUUGUACCAUGAUAAUGGUUACUAUUUGAAAUUGAUUACAUUUUUUA